UAAUACCACCUCCAGUAGGAAGAAGUGCAGAGGUGUCAAACUGUGGGUGAGCGACAUAGGGGCAUAGGGACAAUCUCACAGAUUACAGUGACCGUUACUAGCUGUAUCUUUCUGUUUUACUCUUCAUGGAUUUGAAUUUUGUUCACUUAUUUAUUUUUCAUCGAGAAAUUGGCAUUUCGUUCCCAUUUCCGUCAUUAGAUCAGCUUGUCUGUACACUUGAAGAUGAGCACAGAGGGAUAAGGCUGGCUACAUUUUCCCAAAAAGUUUCCCCGUCUGUCUCACGUGACCCUUUUUCUGUUUCGAUUGGGCGUCCUAACAUGAUUCUAUCAUGAGUUCCAAGAUAGUGAACUAUAACUCAACCUCAAGAAAGCCAAGCACGAUGGAUAACGUAAUCGAUUGCAAUGGUGCCGGCUUGGACCUCAUUCAGAAUCGCAUUGAGUCUCUGAACAGUAAGAUGGACAAACUCAUCAACAUCCAGGAGAAGGUCCUCAACCGGCUGGACGGAAUGUCCCAGGACAUUGACAGUAUAGAGAGGGACAUGGAAACACUGAAGGUGGAUAAGGAAGAGAUCCAUAUCCCUGCCAGAGCCCGAACUCUACCACCGGCCCUGGCUCAAACCCAGGGCACGGGCAUGGGGGACGAGGUGAGAGAGAUGUGUCAGGAGAUGAGCUCCAUCAUGACAGUGCUGGACCAGCGCUCGGAGAAGCAGGCUGAGAAGCUGGACGGGAUGGAAAAGCUGGUCCUCAGCAUCCAUCAGGUCAUCAGAUUCAUUGGGGAGACGAUGAAGAGCCCCCGGGUUAUGGAGAUGAUGUUUAUGGGUCCGGCAGCACGCAAGGCCUCCAAGUCAAAAGACCUCAAGAUGGCUAUUAAGAGGCAAUCGUCCGCAGAAAAGAGCAAGAGCUCAGUUACUAAGACGACCGACAAGAAACUACCUCUACUAAAGCCACUAAAGGUACUCAAGGGAUGAUAAACCCUGCAUGUGAACGCAAACCCAGCACUCCGGGGACCACUCACAGUUGCAAGACAACAAAGCUCCACGGACCAAAGAAUUUCCUUGCAAACAGCAAACCCACCGGAAACUUUCCAAAAGAUCACAAGAAGAAGGAUGAGAAGGAGAAGUCGGGUCUGAAAGCACAGAAAAAGAAGGAGCCCCCAGACACAGCAGAUACCAUCUCCCUUAGGAAGCAGGUGUUGCUACUAGAGGAGGUUCAGAAGCUCAACAGGGAGAAUGCAGAGAGAUCAUCAUCAUCAGGUCACAAGCAGCAGCAGCACCUCACCCCUGAUGGCUUCCUGGACCUGGAGGUUGGAUCUGGAGGGGCCUCAGAGGGUUCCCUCAGCUCAAACCUGCUGGACUUUAUCCUCGAGGGCCCCAAGGCCCCUGUGACUGAAGAGGAGUCAUUCUCUGAGGAGGAGGCUGCAGGAGAUGGACUAAAAGUGGAAGAGAGGAAGGAGGAGGAGGUUGUAAAAAAGGAGGAGAAGGAAGACCACCUUAAUGAAUCUAAGGAAGAGGAGAAAAAGGAGGAGCUGUCGAAAACCACAGAGAAGCCUGAGGAGGAUAGAAGACUAGAGGAAAAAGAGGGGGAGAAGGAGAAAGAGGGGGACACUACACUCUCUAAAGGCCCAUCAGAAGCUGCUGAUAUGUCAGUAAAGGAUAUCCCUUCUCUCCCAACCUCCCCUGAAGCUCCAGGAGACACCAACUCCAUUCCCGAGAGCUGUGAAGACCACAACAAAAGUGCUUCCUCUCUGUCUCUGGAGGCAGCAAAACAGGACCAGAUGGAGGAGGGCGGCACCAGCAGUAAGCGUCGGGUGAUGGAGGAAGACCUGGGAGUAGAGGACCACAAGAAGAGUCGGGUAGAGGAAGGAGAGGAGGAGGAGAGGGAGGGGGAGAGGAAGGAGGAGGAAGAAGCAGAGAGACCAGAGGAUGAGGGAAGGGGCGUCUUCAAGGCAGACGGGGUGGAUAUCCGUUUGGAGCUGAAGAAGAGGCUGGGGAAAGAUCAGGCCACAGAAGUCAAGCAGUCUACUGGGGAACCGUUCUUCAUUGACAAAAGUCCUCCUCCACCAGCUCCAUUCAACCAUCGGAUAGUGUCGGCCAAACCCAACCAGAUCAACAACUUCUACACCAUCAACAGAGUUGAGAUUCUAGGAGGGGGUCGUUUUGGCCAGGUGUACAAAUGCAUGGAAAACUCCUCAGGUCUCACCCUAGCUUCCAAAAUCAUCAAAGCCCGGAGUCCGAAAGAAAAGGAGAUGGUCAAGAAUGAGAUCACGGUCAUGAACCAGUUGGACCAUGCCAACCUGAUCCAGCUCUACGCCGCCUACGAGUCCAGGAAUGACAUCAUCCUGGUGCUGGAAUAUGUGGAUGGUGGGGAGCUCUUUGACCGGAUCAUCGACGAGAACUACACUCUGAUGGAGCUGGACACGGUCAUGUUCAUCAGGCAGAUCUGUGAGGGCCUGCAGCACAUGCACAAGAUGUACAUCCUCCAUCUGGACCUCAAGCCGGAGAAUAUUCUAUGUGUGAGCAGAGUCACAAAUAAAAUCAAGAUCAUUGACUUUGGACUUGCCAGAAAAUACAAGCCCAGAGAGAAGUUGCGAGUGAAUUUCGGCACCCCAGAGUUCCUGGCCCCAGAAGUUGUCAACUAUGACUUUGUGUCAUUCAACACCGACAUGUGGAGUCUGGGAGUCAUUACAUAUAUGCUUCUCAGCGGUCUGUGUCCUUUCCUGGGUGACAAUAACCCUGAGACUCUGAACAACAUCCUUGCCUGCCAGUGGAACUUUGACGAGGAAGAAUUUACAGACAUCUCAGAGGAAGCCAAAGACUUCAUCUCUAAACUACUCAUCGUCAAUAAAAGUUGGAGGAUAGGUGCCUCUGAAGCAUUGAGGCAUCCAUGGCUCUCUGACCCAGUCCUCCAUCACCGACUUCAUGAAAAGAAGAACAUGUGUAACCGCUCACGGCGAUCUUCAUGCAUACUCAUUACAGAUAGUUGAGCAUGAUGACUAGACGGCGCCAGCUGUGGCCACCUGGACCAAGCCUGCUGUACACCUGCAUAUUUACCAGCGCUUACCUGUCUAAACACCUGUAGAACUACAGCUGUAGAAUGACUGGAGCUUACCUGUCUGUACACCUAUAGAACUACAACCUGUAAAACUACAACCUGUAGAAUUACUGGAGCUUACCUGUCUGUACACCUAUAGAACUACCGUAGCUGUGUUAUGAAUGGACGAUACAUGUUACCUGAACUGUUAGCUCACUAGAUAUGCUGUUUUGUUGUUUUUAGCACGUAUGUCCAAGGAUAGGU